GGUGUUCUUUUGCAUACAUUAGCAUGCCUGAUUGUUCCCUCAGAGCAGUUUUGCUGCAGUGGAACUCUUGGGUGAAGAGUACAUCCAUUGCCUCUCUCGAGGCCACAGUACCCUCUGCACAGUCAGUCCCAUAAUUACGAUUAGGAAAAGCACUUUGAGGAAUACUACUCUUCCCUGACCCCAAUAAACAAAAUGUCUUGUAUUUUCCUUGCUAUUUAAUUUGUAUUUCUUUGGUUCCACUGACUGUAGUAUUAUAUGAUAGCUAUUUGCUUUUUUCUUGUAAAUCACUUUUCGUGACUUUGCCUCUCUUUUAAUUGCCUUGUCUUUUGUGUUGAAUUGUUGAAACAUUUUAAAGGGGAAAGUUACUUUGGAUUACUUCUCUUAUAGUCUUAAAAAUCCUCAGGCCAUGUAAUUAUUUUCAACUAUUUAUAUUUUUGUAUUUAAGUAAUACAUUUAAUUAAUCUACACAGAAAUCCUUGUCAUUAAUUCAGAUUGUUCCCCUUAGGUUCUUUUUCAGCAUCAGAGUCUUCAAACUUAAGGAAUAUAUGAUUUUUAAAGUCCUUUAUAAAAACUGUUAAAUUGCUUUCUAGAGGAAUUAUACCUUAUUUAUAGUCAUACAAAAUUUCUACAAAAUGGCUAUCUCAUCAAAACUUGGUUCAUGUACAUAUCUACUUUUCAGUCUUUGCUAAUAUAAAAGUGAAAAUGGCAUUUUUUUGUUUUAAAUACACAUUUUUCUGAAUAUGUCUGUGGUUGAAUGGUCAGUACCUUUAUAUAGGGUUUUGAGUGAUAGCAGUCUUUCUGAUUUAUCCUAUAUGUCCUACAUAGAGAGGAAGCCUCUUCCUCCUUAGUGGAAGGAAUAUAAUUUUUAAGAGAGUGUGUGUAUAAUCAAGAGUUAAACAGUUGAAUGAUUCACUUAACAUAAAAGAGGUCCUUCAAGUAACGGAAUCAGUUUGGAUCUUCUUGACCUUCUCUUGAUUAUCCAUAUUUUUGUCCUAGGUUUAGAACUAUUAACAAGUAGGAGAAGGUAUGCAGAAAACCUAUGUUUAUACCUACCUUUAAAUCAAAUAAUGUUUUGUAAUUUGGAGACUUUCAGCAUGCUUUUGAGAAAUUCCAAAGCUUUCUUAAAAACUGGUUUUAAUUGCCUCACUCUUACAGAAAUGUUAAGUUCUUUGAAAAUAGGAAUCCCAUCUUAUUUGUUUCUGUAUCCUAGGCAUAAUAUUUGGCAUGUAGUCGAUGUGUGGAGAGUGAACUUCUUUAAGGUGGCUAUAAAAAUAAUAGACAAAUCACAGCUGGAUGCAGUAAACCUUGAGAAAAUCUACCGAGAAGUACAGAUAAUGAAAAUGCUCGACCAUCCUCACAUCAUUAAACUGUAUCAGGUAAUGGAGACCAAAAGUAUGUUGUACCUUGUGACAGAAUAUGCCAAAAAUGGAGAAAUUUUUGAUUAUCUUGCUAAUCAUGGCCGGUUAAAUGAAUCUGAAGCCAGGAGAAAAUUCUGGCAAAUUCUGUCUGCUGUUGAUUAUUGCCAUGGCCGGAAGGUAGUGCACCGAGACCUAAAGGCUGAAAAUCUCCUGCUGGAUAACAACAUGAAUAUCAAAAUAGCAGAUUUCGGCUUUGGAAAUUUCUUUAAAACUGGUGAACUGCUGGCAACAUGGUGUGGCAGCCCCCCUUAUGCAGCCCCAGAAGUCUUUGAAGGGCAGCAGUAUGAAGGACCACAGCUGGAUAUAUGGAGCAUGGGAGUUGUUCUUUAUGUCCUUGUCUGUGGAGCUCUACCUUUUGAUGGACCAACUCUCCCUAUUUUAAGGCAGAGGGUUUUAGAAGGAAGAUUCCGGAUUCCAUAUUUCAUGUCAGAAGAUUGUGAACACCUCAUUAGAAGGAUGUUGGUCCUAGAUCCUUCCAAACGGCUAAGCAUAGCUCAAAUCAAGGAGCACAAGUGGAUGCUCAUAGAGGUUCCUGUACAGAGGCCUAUUCUCUAUCCACAAGAACAGGAAAACGAGCCGUCCAUUGGAGAAUUUAAUGAGCAGGUUCUUCGACUGAUGCACAGCCUUGGGAUUGAUCAGCAGAAGACUAUUGAGUCUUUGCAAAACAAGAGCUAUAAUCACUUUGCUGCCAUUUAUUUCUUGUUGGUGGAACGUCUAAAAUCACAUAGGAGCAGUUUUCCUGUGGAGCAGAGACUUGAUGGCCGCCAGCGUCGGCCUAGCACCAUUGCCGAACAAACAGUUGCCAAGGCACAAACUGUGGGGCUGCCAGUGACCUUGCAUCCACCGAACGUGAGACUGAUGCGAUCUACCCUCCUCCCACAGGCAUCCAAUGUGGAGGCCUUUUCAUUUCCAACAUCCAGCUGUCAAGCAGAAGCUGCCUUUAUGGAGGAAGAGUGUGUCGACACUCCAAAGGUGAAUGGCUGCCUGCUUGAUCCUGUGCCCCCUGUCCUGAUGAGGAAGGGAUGCCAGUCACUGCCCAGCAGUAUGAUGGAGACCUCCAUUGAUGAAGGCUUGGAGACAGAAGGAGAGGCUGAGGAAGACCCCAGUCAGGCCUUUGAAGCUUUCCAGGCCACACGCAGUGGGCAGCGACGGCACACUCUGUCAGAAGUGACUAACCAAUUGGUUGUGAUGCCCGGGGCAGGGAAAAUGUUCUCCAUGAGUGAUAACCCCUCGCUUGAGAGUGUAGACUCUGAGUAUGAUAUGGGGUCUGCCCAGAGGGACCUGAACUUUCUGGAAGACAGCCCUUCCCUGAAGGACAUCAUGUUAGCCAAUCAGCCGUCACCCCGCAUGACAUCUCCUUUCAUAAGCCUCAGACCUGCCAACCCAGCCAUGCAGGCUCUGAGCUCGCAGAAGCGUGAGGCCCACAACCGGUCCCCCGUGAGCUUCCGAGAAGGCCGCAGAGCAUCAGAUACGUCCCUUACACAAGGAAUUGUAGCAUUUAGACAACAUCUUCAGAAUCUUGCUAGAACCAAAGGAAUUCUGGAGUUGAACAAAGUACAAUUGCUGUAUGAACAAAUGGGAUCAAACGCAGACCCUACCUUAACAUCAACUGCUCCUCAGCUCCAAGACCUUUCGAGCAGUUGCCCUCAGGAGGAAAUCGCUCAGCAGCAGGAAAGUGUCUCCAGCCUGUCUGCCAGCAUGCACCCUCAGCUCUCACCACAGCAAAGCUUGGAAACCCAGUACCUACAGCAUCGACUCCAGAAGCCCAAUCUUCUGCCAAAAGCCCAGAAUCCUUGUCCAGUGUAUUGUAAAGAACCACCUCGGAGCCUGGAACAACAGCUACAGGAACAUAGGCUCCAACAGAAGCGACUCUUCCUCCAGAAGCAGUCUCAGCUGCAAGCAUAUUUUAAUCAGAUGCAGAUAGCAGAGAGCUCCUACCCUGGACCAAGUCAGCAGCUGGCUCUUCCCCACCAGGAGACUCCACUGACAUCCCAGCAGCCCCCAGCAUUCAGCCUGACCCAGGCCCUGAGUCCUGUCCUCGAGCCCUCUUCUGAGCAGAUGCAAUUUAGCUCUUUCCUCAGCCAAUACCCAGAGAUGCAGUUGCAGCCACUGCCCUCUACUCCCGGCCCCCGGGCUCCACCUCCCUUACCCUCACAAUUGCAGCAACAGCAGCAGCCACCACCCCCACCCCCACCCCCUCCACCACAGCAGCCAGGAGCUGCUCCAGCCUCCUUACAGUUCUCCUAUCAGACUUGUGAGCUGCCAAGCACCACGUCUUCUGUAGCCAACUAUCCUGCUUCCUGUCACUGCCCUGCGGACGGAGCCCAGCAGAGCAGCCUCGCAGGGCCGGACUGUCCCAGGAGCUCAGGACUUCAGGACACCGCAUCUAGCUAUGACCCACUGGCCCUCUCUGAGCUCCCUGGACUCUUUGAUUGUGAAAUGGUAGAAGCUGUGGAUCCACAACACAAUGGAGUGGCUUGUCCAAUCAGCAGAUGAAUGCACUAAGCACAAAGCGUCUUCCUUAAAGCACAAGAAGAGAGCUACUCCACAGAUGCUGCCUCUAGAAACACCUAUAAGUUGCCUUUCCUCUCUGUAGUAAGUGUCCAGGCAGGCAAGGGAAGACUAGGCAUGGGAAGUCUCCGGAGAGCCAUCCUGGCCCGCAGCCCAGCCCAGCUCAGCCCCUGCCAGUGUUGGUGACUCAAGCAGUCCUUGAGGCUGGCCAGAGACUGUAGUUGUUGGGCUCCCCACUGGUGCCAGGCUGCUUUGGAAAUGCGCUCUGCUUGGAAUUGGGCUGUGGGUUACAGCAGGAGUAGAUAGCAGGAGGGACUGUCAUUUUUGUGAUUUAAUAACUAAAAAUCCAGUAAGGAUAAUUUGUGUUUCUUUUAUUCAUUCUAUUCCUCCUCGUGCUUAAGAUUGAUAAUUUCAUUGGAGAGAUCAUUUCAUUAAGAUCUCUGAUAUGUUUAAAGCUUUGCAAAAUAAGCCAAGCUAUAAAGUGGGGCUUGAUUUGUUUAGACUGAAAGAGAAUGUUGUUCCAGCAUUUACUGCACAAGUGCUGUAAUAGUGACAAAAUGAAAAUGCCUUCCAGAUUGAAAAUGGGGGCUGCUCAUUUCAGGACUGCAGGAUCAGACCGCAGCAGAUUGGCAUAAACCCCUGUCCCCCAACAGGGCUGUGAGCUGCUUAGCCCGGGAGACCUAGCAGCUAUGGCAGGACAGUUAGGCAACAGAUGAGGGGCUGUGGAGAGGCUGUCAGAAGUUUAAAGGCUGCAGAGAGAAGCUGGGAACGCUCAUCAGCGGCCAAGCCUAUUAGGCACUGACACAGAGAGGAGGUGAGGACAGUCGCCUUGUGAAGACCGAGAACCAGCCUGCCGGAAGCCGUCGUAAGCUCCCAUUUCCUCCUUCCUUCCUUUCAAGUAGACAUCCCUAGUUCCAUGGCUACCUUUAUGCCCUGAGAUGGAAGCUGGUGAGAGCAAUGGGCCCUCCACUCAUCUGAUUGCUUCUGUGUCUGCCCCUACCUAGUGACUCAUGGAAGCUUCCAAGUCCUUUCUCCUCACAAGUACUAAAGUAACACUAAGAAGGCUUAGGCUCUCUCUUGUGGAGAGGCAGCUUUGUAAUACUGACGUGUUUGCCUGUCGGUUCACAUCAGCAGUGUGUACACUACUGUAUAGUAACCCUUAGCUUUGUUAUCUUGUAAACUAGCCUCUCCAAAGAGACUGGUGAUUCAAACAUGAGGUAAAAUUUUCAUUCGGCAAAAAGUG